UCCAUCGAUAGAUGUACCGGGCGCAGCGCUACCGGGGUCGUGAUAUCUCCUUUGACAACCAUACCGUGGGUUUAGACUUGCUCCCGAAGCUGCUGGAUGACAAAGGCAUCCCUCAGCCCACCUUGGAAAGGAUCCACAUUGGUCAUCCUACCCUCAGCUUGCUCGAGGAUCACAUUGCCUACUUCAUGACCAAGGUCGACCACCUCCAGGGCUCUGAGGCAUGGGUGAUUGCUGUUGACAUGAAGAACAAGGUGCUGCGAGGAGUGUCCAACUUUGAUGGCGCAACAAGAAACCGCUGCAUGACUGAAGCCUAUAUGCACAGUAGCAUAUCUGGGCAUCUCAACAAUGCCCUAGGCACCAGGGUUCACCUUAAACGACCGGGGAUUCAAAUGCCGGAAUGGUGUACCAAGAAGGUCCAUCUGAUGGGUCAUGUGGGGGCCGAGUUAAUCGGUGGAUGCUCAAGUCAAACAGCUGAUGAUUACGGAGAGGAUACCAAGAACUUGGAUCAGAAUAGUUAACUGAUUUCUGGUGUAGCAAGAAGGUCCAUCUGACGGGUCAUGUGGGGGCCGAUGUAAUCGCAGGAUGCUCAAGUCAAACAGCUGAUGGUUGCAGAGAGGGUACCAGGAGCUUGGAUCAAAAUAGUUAACUGAUUACUGGUGUAGCAAGAAGGCCCAUCUGAUGGGUCAUGUGGGGGCCGAUGUAAUCGCUGGAUGCUCAAGUCAAACAGCUGAUGGUUACGGAGAGGGUACCAGGGCUUGGAUCAAAAUAGUUAACUGAUUCCCCCCACACAAACAAAACAAUUUGGCUUAGAUUACUAUUUAUUCAGUAUUUGGUUUCUGCAGCAUGCAUGGAUGACAAUGUUGAGACUUAUUUCCUAUUCAGUUGAUGCA